AUGGAGCUCCAGUCGAGGCACCACGGCGUAUCUCCGACAGUAGAUAUCGACUGCAGCAAUCCUCCACCAUCAGACAGGCAAGGCGAGCUGUCCGGAGAGCAAGCUACGACACGUUCGUACUUGAAGCUGAUAUGUGCCGGUUUCUCAUUCUUCUAUGCCGGAACCAAUGAUGGGACAACUGGGCCGUUAUUACCGUAUAUGCUGCAGAGAUACAAUAUCAGCACUGGCCUGAUCACCGUAAUCUAUGUAGCCAAUUUUGCAGGCUGGUUCACCUCGGCCUUGACCAACACCCAUCUGACAACCACGCUACGCCUCUCGCUGGGUGUAACUCUGCUGUUGGGAGCAGGGUUGCAGCUCCUAUCUCAGCUACUCCGGUUCUGGAACCCGCCUUUCGGUCUAUUUUCUGUGACCUUCUUCUUUACAUCUCUUGGGCAAGCGUAUCAGGAUGCUUAUUCCAACACAUUCGUUGCAACUGUUCCAGGAGCACAUCGCUGGCUCGGUUUCAUCCAUGCUAUGUAUAUGUUAGGUUGCCUGACCGGCCCGUUUGUCGCCACUCCAAUAGCUAGCAACAGUAAGUGGUACUAUAUCUAUGCUGUCGAGGCCGGCCUAGGUGUCCUCAACCUUGGAUUCGUUUUUGGUGCUUUCGGCCGAGAUAUGUAUGAGGAGAGAAAGGAGAGAGAGGAGAGGACGAGGACAUCCAGGAAUAAGCAGGCUUUCAACGAAAUUCUGCAAACACUGAAACUCCGGUCAAUUUGGUUGAUCAGUCUCUUCUUUUUCUUUUUCUUGGGUGCAAUGAUCACGGCAGGAGGUUGGGUCGUCGAAUAUUUGGUUCGAGUGCGAGGCGGUAACAUGAAAACCAUGGGCUAUGUAUCUGCAGGCUACAACGGAGGGGGCUUCCUCGGCCGUCUGCUGCUCACGGAACCAACUCAUCGUUACGGCGAGCGGCGCAUGGUAUUCCUCUAUGCGCUUGCUUGCCUUGCCCUACAGAUCAUGUUCUGGAGAAUACCCAAUGUUGUGGGCGACGCUGUGCUGUUCUCAGCACUUGGAUUUUUCGCCGGUCCAUUCUUUCCAACUGGGAUAUCCGUUGCUACAAAGCUCUGUCCAAAGUCUAUCCAGAAUACGGCCUUAGGUUUCAUAUUCGUCCUCGCUCAAGCCGGCGGCAGUCUCUUCCCGGCCCUCACUGGUCUCGUCGCAGCUCAUGCUGGCGUUAAAGUCCUGCAACCGAUUCUGGUAGGCUUGUUUGUCCUGGUAUGUGUGAGUUGGUGGAUCAUUCCGAAAGUGGAAAAAGAGCGAGACUCGUGA